UCUCCUUGCCGAUUUGACAUCUCUCUAGUUCUCGCAGAGAUGGAGUCUCCGGGACAGUGGCUUGAGAACGCGUUGGUUGAUCUGUGCAAGAAGGUGGAGACGGGUCUGGAUUUGGAUAGAGACAUAAUCUCCGGCUUAGUCUCUUAUUGCGACCUCGCUGAACCUCUCGACGCCAAAGAGUAUCUGGACAAUAUUAUUGGUCAGGAAAUUGGUAAAAGUGUGAUUGAGGAAUAUUUACUGCGGAGAGGUCCUUCAAAUAUUGGAGGCAGCACGUCAGAUGCUUCUACAUCAAAAUUACAUGCCUAUGUCAAACCACCAUCAAAUGAACAUUCUGCAAGUGGAGUGAAGAUGCCACUCAAAGGACAGAAAGAGGUUAUGGUCCCCGGUUAUAGGACUGAACAAAAAAGGGUCACCAUGUCCAGCAAUCCAGCUGAUCCCGAAAAGAGUACAGUCUCUUUGACUGCUGAAUCAAAAACUACACAUAAAGGAAACCAAAGUGGUUCUAAGAAGAAGAAAUCUGGGAAAGUUAUUUCACUUGCGGAGGCUGCUAAAGGUUCAGUUGUAUUCCAACAAGGGAAACCAUGCUCUUGCCAAGCCCGCCGGCACAGCCUGGUGAGCAAUUGUUUAUCUUGUGGCAAGAUAGUAUGUGAACAAGAGGGGGAGGGGCCAUGCAGUUUCUGUGGUGUGCUUGUACUGAGGGAAGGGAGCACAUAUGCUGGUUUGGAAGAUGGUUUACCUCUGUUGUCGGAUGCUGAGGUAGCAGCAGAAGCCUAUGCAAAAAGGCUAGUUGAAUAUGACCGGAACUCUGCUGCACGUACAACCGUUAUAGAUGACCAAAGCGAUUACUAUGAAAUUGAAGGGAACGGUUGGCUUUCUCCAGAGGAGAGGGAACUGUUAAAGAAGAAACGAGAGGAGAUUGAAGAAGCUGCACGGGCCAAACGGAGCAAAGUGGUUGUGACAUUUGAUUUAUUUGGCCGCAAGGUAUUGUUAAAUGAAGAUGAAAUAUCAGAAUUACAAUCAGAGGACAGAAUAUUACGCCCACAAGAUGAAAGAGAAGCAAACCGUAUUAAACCAAACCCAACUCUUAAAAUACAACCCCAUUUUGUGGCUCCCGACUCCAGUAAGAACCCUGAUAGGGGUAAACUACCAAGCAAGAGCCUGUCCAACGGCUUAUGCCUGGAAAUCACUGGGAGAGUGCAGCAUGAGAACAAUGGAUUGAAAUAUCUUAUGAACGACAACAAGUUAACAACGGCUUAAAUGGGAAGGCGUGGCGAGGUCUUUAAGUAAAUGGAUGUUUGCUACUGGGAGAUUAUUUUGAAUGUUUUCUGAAUUACGAUUAGAGGUUAAUGUCAUGGUUACUACAAGUACAAGUUGGUUCUUCUUCAUUUAUGCUUCAUGUGCUUGCCAAGCUCAUUUUUUUUGUUCCUGGGAUUAAAGCAAGAGUCUUGCUUCGGGAGUAGUUUUGAGUGAAUAUAAAGAGGCAUUAUGAAA